UUCAGCCUCAGCCAACAUCUUGACUGCAAGUUCAUGAGAGACCCAAGCCAGAACUACCCAGUUAGGUGCUUCUGGAUUCCUGAUCUACAGAUACUGUUUCCCUCCAGGUGCAGCACCAACUCCCCGCCACUCACUAGUUAAGGUGGCAUUUGCAGUUUCAGAACUGGUUGCUUACUUAUUCAGAAUUGGAGGAAAUGGUGAAGAAGUUGAGCUGUGAAAUGCAGAAAAAAAAGUGAAGAGACUCAUUUUUCUCUCAAAACAGAAAAUAAAGGAGUUAAAAUAUACAAAAAUGCAACUGAAAUCUCUGAAUGUAAUUCACACUCUAGUAUGCUCUUUUAAAAAAAGAUGAAAGCACAGAAGCAUACAUAAAGCAUUCUUUGUAAGCUACUCUUUGCUUACUAAUAACAAAUGUAGGUAAAUUGGGCAGAUGUAAAUAAGGCACCACCACAACACGUGAGCGCCAACCACAGAGCCAAGAUCCGCACACUAAAUACGGGAAGUUGUAAAAGACCGUGACAGACUGUCACUAAAAAACUUGUCUUCAGGAAUUCGCAUGAUUAUCCGAAAAGAUAUUCAAAGUUCAAUUUUGUUGGAGGAAGCAAUAAGGAAGUGGGGUGUCUAUGUCAGAGACGGGCGCGGGUAUGCGUUGGGGGUAACGUAUAGAGUAGAUUAAAGAGACGUAGAACAUAUUUCCACAGGCACAAGUUUAGCAUGAGGGACUUCCCUCACAGGAAAGACACCUGGUGUUUUAUAUGUCCUUCUGAACACGGACAUGGUAUUUCUAUGAAGUUACAAAGCUGCAAUCCCGUUCUCAUGUGCACACAGGUUUUGCUUUCAAAUAUCUGCAGGUGCAUCCUCCUGCACUCGUUAAACUAAGGGUUUUCCUUUUCUGUGCUAGACCCGCUUUUACCACCACGCUCUCCACCUGAUUCCCAGAAAGGGUUCUACGACCGUCAGGUCACCACCGCCUUUGUACUUUAUGGGGGAGUCGAAGGCCUCAGCGCUGCUCGCAAUUUCCCUAAGGUGGUCGGGGAGGUCCCAACCACGUUCUUCUGUAAACCAGAUGAGGAAGGCCUGGGGAUUCCGGCCGCGGAAAGGCACAGAGGAGGUGAAGUGACGCACUUGUAGGCGGAUUCGUAAACGCGUGCUCUAGAGCCGGAGGCGGAGCCCCCAGACUCAGACCGACCCCCCAGAACAGGGCGGCCUUGCCCGAGGCGUGAAGGCUUUCUAGGCCCGCUUCUAAAAGCCGUGUACAAUGGAGACUCCUGGAAUAGGCACAUAUCUCUACUGUAAUCAGAACGAGAUGUAACAUCUAAGACGCAGGACAGGGCUCUGGCAAAGACACGCUGGGGGAACGUGAAAGAAAGAGCCAAAACUACGCAGCUGGAGCUCAGAGACCAAAGACUACGAUCCCCAGCAUUCAAUGCAGUGUACCCCUAGAUCGUUGCAUGCCGGGAGCUGUAGUUUCUCACCCCCCCCCCAUCUGAAAGGGUUCUAGGGGACUUUCAGCCUCUCUCGUGUGUUUCGUCUUUCCGAGAAGCGCCGCCACACGAGAAAGCUGGCCGCGAAAAUCGUGCUGGAAUCACUUCCAACGUAACCCCAGGCAUAGAUGGGAAAGGGUGAAGAACACGUUGCCAUGGCUACCGUUUCCCCUGGUCACGGAAUAAACGCUCUCUAGGAUCCGGAAGUAGUUCCGCCGCGACCUCUCGAAAAGGAUGGAUGUGUUCUGUGCUUACAUUCAUUGGACGGUUUCCCUUAGAGGCUAAGGCCGCCCAGGCAAAGGGGCGGUCCCACGUGUGAGGGGCCCGCGGAGCCAUUUGAUUGGAGAAAAGCUACAAACCCUGACCAAUCGGAAGGAGCCACGCUUCGGGCAUCGGUCACCGCACCUGGACAGCUCCGAUUGGUGGACUUCCGUCUGCCCCACGAAUCCUCAUUGGGUGCCGUGGGUGCGUGGUGCGGCGCGAUUGGUGGGUUCAUGUUUCCCGUCCCCCGCCCGCGAGAAGUGGGGGUGAAAAGCGGCCUGACCAGCUUGGGGUGUAGUGGGCGGACCGCGGGGCUGGAAGUGUGAGGAUCUGAACCCAGGGGUAGGGAGUGGAGGCGUCUCCUGCGAUCGAAGGGGACUUGAGACUUACCGGCCGCACGCCAUGAGGGCCCUGUGGGUGCUGGGCCUCUGCUGCGUCCUGCUGACCUUCGGGUCGGUCAGAGCUGACGAUGAAGUUGAUGUGGAUGGUACAGUAGAAGAGGAUCUGGGUAAAAGUAGAGAAGGCUCAAGGACGGAUGAUGAAGUAGUACAGAGAGAGGAAGAAGCUAUUCAGUUGGAUGGAUUAAAUGCAUCACAAAUAAGAGAACUUAGAGAGAAGUCGGAAAAGUUUGCCUUCCAAGCCGAAGUUAACAGAAUGAUGAAACUUAUCAUCAAUUCAUUGUAUAAAAAUAAAGAGAUUUUCCUGAGAGAACUGAUUUCAAAUGCUUCCGACGCUUUAGAUAAGAUAAGGCUAAUAUCACUGACUGAUGAAAAUGCUCUUUCUGGAAAUGAGGAACUAACAGUCAAAAUUAAGUGUGAUAAGGAGAAGAACCUGCUGCAUGUCACAGACACCGGUGUAGGAAUGACCAGAGAAGAGUUGGUUAAAAACCUUGGUACCAUAGCCAAAUCUGGGACAAGCGAGUUUUUAAACAAAAUGACUGAAGCACAGGAAGAUGGCCAGUCAACUUCUGAAUUGAUUGGCCAGUUUGGUGUCGGUUUCUAUUCCGCCUUCCUUGUAGCAGAUAAGGUUAUUGUCACUUCAAAACACAACAACGAUACCCAGCACAUCUGGGAGUCUGACUCCAGUGAAUUUUCUGUAAUUGCUGACCCAAGAGGAAACACUCUAGGACGGGGAACGACAAUUACCCUUGUCUUAAAAGAAGAAGCAUCUGAUUACCUUGAAUUGGAUACAAUUAAAAAUCUCGUCAAAAAAUAUUCACAGUUCAUAAACUUUCCUAUUUAUGUAUGGAGCAGCAAGACUGAAACUGUUGAGGAGCCCAUGGAGGAAGAAGAAGCAGCCAAAGAAGAGAAAGAAGAAUCUGAUGAUGAAGCCGCAGUAGAGGAAGAAGAAGAAGAAAAGAAACCAAAGACUAAAAAAGUUGAAAAAACUGUCUGGGACUGGGAACUUAUGAAUGAUAUCAAACCAAUAUGGCAGAGACCAUCAAAAGAAGUAGAAGAAGAUGAAUACAAAGCUUUCUACAAAUCAUUUUCAAAGGAAAGUGAUGACCCCAUGGCUUAUAUUCACUUUACUGCUGAAGGGGAAGUUACCUUCAAAUCAAUUUUAUUUGUACCCACAUCUGCUCCACGUGGUCUAUUUGACGAAUAUGGAUCUAAAAAGAGCGAUUACAUUAAGCUCUAUGUGCGCCGUGUAUUCAUCACAGACGACUUCCAUGAUAUGAUGCCUAAAUACCUUAAUUUUGUCAAGGGUGUGGUGGACUCAGAUGAUCUCCCCUUGAAUGUUUCCCGUGAGACUCUUCAGCAACAUAAACUGCUUAAGGUGAUUAGGAAGAAGCUUGUUCGUAAAACACUGGACAUGAUCAAGAAGAUUGCUGAUGAUAAAUACAAUGAUACUUUUUGGAAAGAAUUUGGUACCAACAUCAAGCUUGGUGUGAUUGAAGACCACUCAAAUCGAACACGUCUUGCUAAACUUCUUAGGUUCCAGUCUUCUCAUCAUCCAACUGACAUUACUAGCCUAGACCAGUAUGUGGAAAGAAUGAAGGAAAAACAAGACAAAAUCUACUUCAUGGCUGGGUCCAGCAGAAAAGAGGCUGAAUCUUCUCCAUUUGUUGAGCGACUUCUGAAAAAGGGCUAUGAAGUUAUUUACCUCACAGAACCUGUGGAUGAAUACUGUAUUCAGGCCCUUCCCGAAUUUGAUGGGAAGAGGUUCCAGAAUGUUGCCAAGGAAGGAGUGAAGUUUGAUGAAAGUGAGAAAACUAAGGAGAGUCGUGAAGCAGUUGAGAAAGAAUUUGAGCCUCUGCUGAAUUGGAUGAAAGAUAAAGCCCUUAAGGACAAGAUUGAAAAGGCUGUGGUGUCUCAGCGCCUGACAGAAUCUCCGUGUGCUUUGGUGGCCAGCCAGUACGGAUGGUCUGGCAACAUGGAGAGAAUCAUGAAAGCACAAGCGUACCAAACGGGCAAGGACAUCUCUACAAAUUACUAUGCGAGUCAGAAGAAAACAUUUGAAAUUAAUCCCAGACACCCGCUGAUCAGAGACAUGCUUCGACGAAUUAAGGAAGAUGAAGAUGAUAAAACAGUUUUGGAUCUUGCUGUGGUUUUGUUUGAAACAGCAACACUUCGGUCAGGGUAUCUUUUACCAGACACUAAAGCAUAUGGAGAUAGAAUAGAAAGAAUGCUUCGCCUCAGUUUGAACAUUGACCCUGAUGCAAAGGUGGAAGAAGAGCCCGAAGAAGAACCUGAAGAGACAACAGAAGACACAACAGAAGACACAGAGCAAGAUGAAGACGAAGAAAUGGAUGUGGGAACAGAUGAAGAAGAACAAGAAACAGCAAAGGAAUCUACAGCUGAAAAAGAUGAAUUGUAAAUUAUACUCUCACCAUUUGGAUCCUGUGUGGAGAGGGAAUGUGAAAUUUACAUCAUUUCUUUUGGGAGAGACGUGUUUUGGAUGCCCCCCAAUCCCCUUCUCCCCUGCACUGUAAAAUGUGGGAUUAUGGGUCACAGGAAGAAGUGGGUUUUUUAGUUGAAUUUUUUUUAACAUUCCUCAUGAAUGUAAAUUUGUACUAUUUAACUGACUAUUCUUGAUGUAAAAUCUUGUCAUGUGUAUAAAAAUAAAAAAGAUCCCAAAUA